UAAAUUUAAAAAAUAUGAACAGUCACGCCGAUGCAAGUAAAUAAAUUAAUUAACUUAUACAAUAAUAAUUAAUUAUUGAUAAAAUAAUAUAAGAAGCUUCUUUUAUUCACUGUUCAAGAAAUAGGUAUUGAAUUUCUUCUUUAAUUUUAUAGACUAAAACUUAAAUAAAUAUUUAUUCGCUUUGUGAGAAAUGGCUUUAAAACCGACUACGUGUAAGGAAGCCAUAGCUCGAUGGGAAAAAGCAAAAAACGAAUCUGCCGCUGAUGCCAAAGUGGUAGAGCUGCAAUUUCAAUGGCCUCCUAUAGAAAAAAUGGACGGCGCACUGUCUACGCUGGUUAAUUGCGAAAAAUUAAGUUUAUCUUCGAAUAUGAUCGACAAAAUAGCUGGUAUCGCCGGUAUGAGAAGUCUUAAAAUUUUGUCUCUUGGGCGAAAUUACAUCAAAUCUUUAGCCGGAAUAGAAACUGUAGCCGAGACACUGGAAGAGUUGUGGAUAAGUUACAAUCCCAUCGACAAGUUGAAGGGAAUCGGCUCUUUGAAGAAUAUGAGAGUUCUCUACAUGUGUAAUAACAUGGUUAAAGAAUGGGUCGAGUUUAAUAGAUUGCAGGAAUGUACUUCGCUCCGUGAACUAGUGUUCAUUGGUAACCCGAUAUGUGAAAAUCAGCCAGACAUGGAAACUUGGCGAACUCAAGUCGCGAACAGACUGCAACAAUUAAUAAAACUGGACGGGAUACCCAUACUCAGGGAAUAGAAAUUAGACGAAUACUUGAGUAUUAUUUCACUAUCUAUAUAUUGGUAUAAUAUCAGUAACUUAAUAAAAUGUUUUCUCAGGUAACUAACUCAGUA